UCAGGGACGGGCCUGGCGCCCUCAGCCCGGCCGCCCCUCUUCCCGGCGUACCCCGCGGACCGCGCAACCUUCAGCCAAGAUGGCGUCGGCCACAGGCAUCGUCCGCUUUAUCCGCAACUGGCUGUCCGGGCGAGAUCUGCAAGCUAAACUGCAGCUGCGCUACACGGAGAUCUCGAAGAGGACACAGCCACCGCCCCGCCUCCCUCUUGGCCCCAGCCACAGGCUUGCAGACAACUACUACUGCACGCGAGAUGGGCGCCGAGAGGCAUUUCCUCCUGUUGUCCUCAUGUCAGCCCAGAAAAAGUUGGCCCCCGGAGCGGAAGCUGGAAGCUCGGACUCUUCCGUCACAACGAUGGCGAAGUUCCCGGUGACGCCCGGGGACCCCCCUCGGAAAUGGGAGCUGUCGAAGGAUGAGCCCUACUUGUGAAGCCACCGCCGCAGUGCACAGGCAGGGCUGCCGCAGAGCAGCCGGUCCGGUCUCGGCUUCUGCGGCGGGUGGGGCGGGACAAGCAGUGGCCUGGAUAUGUGCAGCCACAAGGACUUUUUUCUCCUGGGCUAUUUAAAUAAAUGCAGUCCCUCAUGUGACUCAAGUUCUCAAGUUGUACAGGGUCUUAGGGGCUUGUUGGGCUGGGAAAAGAAAUGAGGAACACACAUUGGACCUACUAACUCAGAUGCAGUCAGAAUAAAUGAAGGCACAAACUUUG